AUGGCCUCCAAAAAUUCACUGGCGAGGCCUCCCCUGAGUGUCUCCUCGGAUGUGAAACCCGCCAAUAAGAUAAGGCGUCAGCUUCUUCAUGUCAAGAGAAAGCGUGCCAAGGACGCCGCUCGCCGAGCAGAACGCUAUGCAUUCAAGAAGGAGGAGUCCAAGAACCCCAAACUCAGGGAGGAACGUCUUAAGCGCAAUGUUCCCUUGACUUUGGAGCGAAAACGGGUGUGGGACGAGCCGGACAGCGACGCCGAGGAUGGAUUGGGUCUGAGUGUCGACGUUGAGCGCAUCAAGAGACAGAAACAGGAGGACGACAAACUCAACCAACCUCUAGAACCUUCGGAACAGGGAUUGGAGGAGUCGCAGGAUGAUCUCGACGACGUGGAUAGUAUGCUGGCCAGCAGCAGCGACGACGAUAAUGAGAAGGAGAGCAGUGACGAGGACGAUACGGAUAACGAUCGAGGGCGACGGAGACCCUUGAUUCCUUCGGCUACCGAGCGCGCUACGAGUCCGAGUCAGUCGACGAAGAGUACGAAUCUGAAUCUGGCCCCUGAAGCCCUGGCGGCCAAGUUCCCAUCGCUUUUCUCCUCGGACACACCAAAAACCCCCAAGGUUCUGAUCACCACCUCCCUCCACUCGACCCUCCACGACGAGGCUAAAGUCCUUACGACGCUAUUCCCCAACAGCGUAUACAUUCGCCGGACCGCCCACCGUUACUCUCACCAGUUCUCUAUCCGCGAAAUUGCUUCGUUUGCCUCGAACCGGCAAUACACCGCCCUCAUCAUUCUUCGAGAAGACCAGAAGCGGCCAUCCGGCCUCGAUGUCGUUCACCUACCCAAAGGUCCGAUGUUCCACUUUAGCAUAAGUAAUUGGGUGGAAGGAAAGAAGCUUCCCGGGCAUGGAAACCCCACAGAUCACUGGCCGGAAUUGAUCCUCAACAAUUUCCGCACCCCGCUGGGUCUCCUCACAGCCCAUCUCUUCCGGACCCUAUUCCCACCCCAACCGGAUCUUGAAGGACGCCAAGUAGUGACGCUGCACAAUCAGCGCGACUACAUCUUUGUGAGGAGGCACCGAUACGUGUUUCGGGAGAAGCGAGAGACGGAGAAGAGCGUUGUCGGGGCGGAUGGAAAGGAGAUGAAGGGGGCCGAGGGCUUACGAGCCGGCCUUCAAACAUUGGGGCCCAAUUUUACCCUUAAGCUGCGACGAGUUGAUAAGGGUAUUCAACGAGCCAGCGGGCAGGAGUGGGAAUGGAAGGGAGGCAUGGAGAAACAGCGGACGAAAUUUCAACUGUGA